AUGUCAGCAACAACAUCUUCUUCUUCUUCUUCACAGAGGUCUCCUCCUUUUAGGGCUGAGCAUAUUGGCUCUUUGCUUCGGCCGGAGAAAUUGAUCAAGACGAGAUAUGCGAUUGCGGAUGGAUCUGCUGGGCCCGAGACGCUGGGUCCUGUGGAAGAGAAGGCUAUUAGGGAUGUUGUGAAGUUGCAGUUGGAUUGUGGCAUUCAGAGUCUUACGAACGGCGAGUAUUCGCGGCAUCAAUUCUGGGGCACCUUCAUGGAAACCCUCAACGGAAUGGAAGAGAUCAAUCUGCGAGAAGGGGGCUACGAUCAAUCGAUUUUCAGAAUGUACGCCCCGGACGUGGAAUCUUUCAUGCACGCGAAGACCAUUCCGAACCAAGUGACUGUUGCGACUGGGAAACUCUCGCAUACUGGGAAGAGCACUUUCUUGCCUGAGCUGGAGUUUAUGAAGUCCAUCCUACCGGAAAAUCAGUGGAAGAGUAUUAAGUUGACUAUGACGAGUCCUUCCUGGUAUCAUUUCCGCUACGGACCGAAGAAGGCCUACCUCAAGGGUGUCUACGAGAAUGAUGACGAAUACUUCGCAGACCUGGCCAAAGCGUACCAAACAGAGCUCAAAAUCCUCUACGACGCCGGUCUUCGAAAUGCUCAAAUCGACGACCCAAACCUCGCUUACUUCUGCUCGGAAUCCAUGCUCGAAGGCUGGAAAAAUGACCCAGAGAACUUCCAAACUGCAGACGAACAACUCGACGCUUACAUCAAAUUCUACAACGCCUGUAUCGUGCGCGAACCAGACUUCCACAUGGGAAUUCACCUCUGCAGAGGCAACUACAUGGGAUCCAAACAUUUCUCCGAAGGAGCCUAUGAUCGCAUCGCGACCAAACUCUUCAACGACUUGAAUGUUUCGACCUACUAUCUCGAAUACGAUACUCCUCGCGCAGGAGGUUUCGAGCCGUUGAAACAUCUCCCCACGAACAAGAAUGUGGUGCUGGGAGUUGUGACGAGUAAAUUUGCGGAGUUGGAGGUGAAGCAGGAGAUGAUUGAGAGGAUUCAUAAGGCUGCUGAUUACAUGGCUGAGGGAGCAGGUYAGACGCGUGAGGAGGCUCUCAAGAGGAUUAGUGUCAGUCCGCAGUGUGGCUUCGCGUCCCAUGCCGAGGGUAACUCGUUGGAAUGGGGAGACAUGAGGAAUAAGUUGGAAUUGGUGAGGAGUAUUGCCGAUGCGAUUUGGCCUGGCGAGCCGUGA